UCUAUAUCUUACUCAGCCUUGUGCAUUUUCUAUGAGUUUCUGAUGGUUUUCUGAACUGGGUUUUCAGCCCUUUUGACCUAAAUCGGCGCCGACAUAAAAAUAGCUUGCUGGGUUUCCUAUAGCCGAUUGUCUUUUCCAUGUGGAGUUACUGUAAUUCUUGCUAGAUUCUGGUGUUGGGUUGUUUUGUUGGGGUUAGAUCCAGGGUUUUAUUUGCAGGUAUUUUGAUCCUUUUAAUACAGAUUUGUGAUUCACCAAGAGGCAUUGGAAGCAAUAAUUGGUUAUUCCUUCAUUAUAGUCUUUGACCUUUUCUUGGAUUGAAUAUAUAUGGGCUGAGUUGGGCAUUUCAUGGGAGGUGUAGAGGAUGAUGAACCACCCACAAAACGUGUGAAAGCGUCCUCGGGAGAAUUGAGGAGCCUCUUGAACUAUUCGCUUCUUUCAGAGCCCCUUACUGGCUCUUUGGGAGACUCGAUGGCUCGGCCUCUACCUUCCCAAGGGGACGAAGAGAUGGUUGGUACUAAAGGAGUUAUUAAAAGAGUAGAAUUUGUCAGGAUCAUAACCAAAGCCUUGUAUACCCUUGGUUAUGAAAAGAGUGGGGCUCUUCUAGAGCAAGAGUCAGGUAUACCUUUGCAUUCCUCUGUGGUUAACUUACUUAGGCAACAAGUGCUUAGUGGAAAUUGGGAUGAAAGUGUGGCCACAUUGCAUAAAAUUGGUCUCUCAGAUGAAACAGUUGUGAAGUCAGCAUCUUUCUUAAUAUUGGAGCAGAAAUUCUUUGAGUUUUUGGAAAAGGAUAAAAUAAUGGAUGCUUUAAUGACAUUAAGGACUGAGAUUGCGCCUCUUUGCAUUAAUACAAGCCGAGUGCAUGACCUCUCUGCCUGCAUUGUGUCUCCUUCUCGCCGCUUAUUACUUGGACUUUCCAGUCAAGAUAUUGUGAGUGCAAACUCACGAUCAAAGCUUUUGGAGAAAUUGCAGAAAUUGCUUCCCCCAACAGUUAUGGUACCUGAAAGAAGGUUAGAACAUUUAGUUGAGCAGGCCCUUAGUGUGCAACGAGAAGCUUGUGUGUUUCACAAUUCUCUGGAUAGUGCAUUGUCAUUGUACUCUGAUCAUCAGUGUGGAAAGGAUCAGAUUCCUUCUCGUACAUUACAGGUUUUGCAAGCCCACCGUGAUGAAGUCUGGUAUUUGCAAUUUUCGCAUAAUGGAAAAUACUUAGCUUCUUCAUCUAUUGAUCGAUCAGCAAUCAUAUGGGAGGUUAAUGAGGAUGGUGGAGUCUCCUUGAAGCACACACUAACUGGCCACCAGAAACCUGUGCUGACUGUUUCUUGGAGCCCUGAUGACCGGCAGCUCCUCACUUGUGGAAUAGAGGAGGCUAUCAGACGUUGGGAUGUCAGUUCUGGUGAAUGUCUCCAUAUUUAUGAGAAAGCUGGUGUUGGUUUGAUCUCCUGUGGAUGGCUUCCUGAUGGGAAACGGGUGUUCUCUGGCAUGACGGACAAGAGUAUUUGUAUGUGGGAUUUGGAUGGGAAGGAGCUAGAGUGUUGGAAAGGGCAGCGGACACUGAAAAUCUCAGACAUGGCUCUCACAAACGAUGGGAAGAGGAUUAUUACCAUGUGUCGGGAAAAUGCGAUACUUCUGCUUGACAGGGAAGCAAAAGGUGAUAGACUGAUUGAAGAGGAUCAAACAGUUACUUCAUUCUCAUUAUCAAGGGACAAUAAGUUCUUGCUGGUUAAUCUUCUUAACCAAGAAAUCCAUCUGUGGAGCAUAGAUGGUGAUAUUAAACUUGUCUCCAAAUAUAAAGGUCACAAACGUACUCGAUUUGUCAUUAGGUCUUGCUUUGGUGGCUUUGACCAAGCCUUCAUUGCCAGUGGAAGUGAAGAUUCACAGGUCUAUGUAUGGCAUAGAGGGACUGGGGAACUCCUGGAGGCAUUGCCUGGACAUUCUGGAGCUGUUAACUGUGUUAGCUGGAAUCCCGCAGAUCCCCACAUGUUGGCAUCUGCAAGUGAUGACCGUACAAUUCGUAUAUGGGGUUUAAAUCGGGUUAACCUUAAGCGCAAGGACACUUACAGUAAUGGCAUCAUCCACCACUGCAAUGGAGGAAUAUAACAGGAAAAGAAACAGAAAUAGAUAACUUGAAUUAGUCAGGUAUCUAUGUUCAUUUCAAGCCCAUUGUGUUGUGUAAAUUCUCUUCUUCUCUUGGCAUUCAUAGCAAACAAGCAUGUAAAUUAUGCUCUGCUGCUAUCUGCCAAUAAACCAUCUAAUGAUGACAUUUUUUUUUAAAUUUCUCCCAAUUUGUUUAGCUAAUCUAAAGAUUGUUCAAGGCAUGGAUUGCAUCAAUACAUAAGCCUAGAUUGUUUUAUUAUUUC